UUCCACACUUCUCCUCUACACAGCAGAGCGGCAUGCAGGACUCCUGCUCUCACUGCUGUUUGGAUGUUAGAAGCACAAACACUGCUGGAGACUUCUGCUGCAAGAUAAAGGGUAGCCUGGUGGCAUCUUUUGCCCAGCUCCAUUCUGUGGGAUUCAAAGUCUAUGUGCAGUUGGAUAUAUAAGAUGUAGGAUGCUCCCCAUUUCAAGAAUCAAGCGACAGCCCUUUCUCUGGCCACUGAAUGCUGAACCAGCUCCCUGGAUUUGUAUGAUCCCAGAUACACCUGGUGUCUUUCGGAUAGGUGCGGUGCCCCCUCCAUUUAUUGUGUCCUGCCCUCACCCAUCUCCUUUGCUGCAGGGGGUACCUGCCUGGCAAGUCCCUUGUGACCCCUUCCUACCUUUGAUGUCUGUGCCCACUGCACCAGAACCUGCUGUGCACCAAUUUCCUUUGGCAAACGGGCAGUGGGUUGGAGAUCAUACACCUGCAUUCGGAUUCUCUCCAUCUUCCAGCGUAGAGAUCAUCCCUCUUUUUCCACAUGUUUACACAUCAACCAUCCCUCCUCAUGCAGGAAAAUGCUGGGUUGAAAAGAAAACGCCUAAUUGCAAGAUUUUUCUUAACAACGCAUUCGCUCUGGAUUCUUCCUGGAUACAUCCCACUGAGGAAUUUAUAUUAUUCCAGGGGCUAGAGAAGCCAAGUCGCAGGGCAAGCCAAGUAACCAUGGCCAUAUCUAGGCCAUCUGCUGCUUCCAGGCCACUUCACACCGUUAUUUUAACACCUCAACGAAUAACAGAUCAUUGUCCGAGUGGAAUGAAACCAGCCAGCAGCAACCAGUCUAUUGCAAUUGUUGGCGCUGUCACUUCCCCUCCUGCAACAGUAUUGGGCAUGGAUUCUGAAUCAUCACAGACUCUAGUACCACCGUACCACAUGUUGGCACUGUCUCCAAUCAAGAUACCGUUAAUAGCGUCUCAAUUGCCUGUGCCGCAGUUCGGUAGAAGGAGGCUGAGGUCGGCAGGUUGCCCAUCAAGAAUUAAGGCUCAUGUCACACCAAUACUGCCAGCCCAGAUUGUCAGAUUGACCAAGUCACCAACAGUUACCUUCAUGACUGGCCUGACGGAUCAUGCACCGACUUCAAACGAAAAAAACAAGGAAACAACCAGGGCAACUUGCUCAACUGCCUUCAUUUUGCAUUCAGAGAGGAAAAACAAGCCCGAAAAGACAAAUGAAAAGGACCAUGACAUGAAGAUAUCCAGCGAAGAGGACUGUACUGCUAAAGGGAACAAGCCAGUGGCCUCCACACCUGUUCCUGGUUCACCAUGGUGUGUGGUAUGGACUGGUGACGACAAAGUAUUUUUCUUCAACCCUACAAUCCAGCUGUCAGUGUGGGACAAGCCAAUAGACUUAAAGAAUCGUGUGGAUAUAAACAGAAUUAUUGAGGAUCCACCACAUAAACGCAAACUGGAAUCUCCCACAACAGCUAGCAAAAAAGAUGGAGUUAUCCCUGAAGAUGUUAAUGAUGAACACAGCAUCAAAAUAAAGAGAAAUAAAACCGAUGAUUCUCAUACAGUUGAGCAAGAUGAAGUCGAGAAUGAAAAGUCACUAUCCCUUAAAUUAUUACCUCCUUUGGAAGAACGGAUGACAUACUUCAGAAACAUGCUUCUUGAAAGAGGGGUGUCAGCGUUUUCUACAUGGGAGAAGGAGCUGCAUAAAAUAGUUUUUGAUCCUCGAUAUCUCUUAUUGAACUCCGAUGAGCGAAAACAGGUGUUUGAGCAGUUUGCCAAGACUCGGAUUAAGGAAGAAUAUAAAGAAAAGCGAAGUAAAUUAAUGCUUGCCAAAGAAGAAUUUAAAAAGCUUCUUGAAGAAUCCAAGUUGUCCCCAAGAACCUCCUUUAAGGAAUUUGCAGAGAAGUACGGGCGAGAUCAGCGUUUUCGUGUUGUUCAGAAAAAGAAAGACCAGGAACAUUUCUUCAACCAAUUUAUUAAUUCACUUAAAAAAAGGGACAAAGAAAACAGAAUGCGGCUGCGGAAAAUGAGAUAAAAGGAAAACACAAUCUAUUCUACGAACGCAUUAAACGUUCCUUGUGUGUUGUAGCUAUUGGAAGAGUAAGGGAAAUAUUUCCUUUAUAGUUUGUCAGAGAGGGACUUCCAGAAAGGAUAGUACAUUCCCGUGACUUGACCUGCCUACUAUAUAAAGGGUAACUCCGAAGAAAAAAAUGAAAAAUUAAACUCUCAAAAUAAUAUGUUUCAUAUUGAAGCAAUUUUUUUUACAAUGUUCAGUUUAAUGUGUCUCUAUUUACCAUUAUAAUGUAAGUAAUAUAUUUAGUUGCUUUGAUUAUGCAAAUGACCUGUGAAAUGCACAAUGUACAAAUCUCAAUUAUGUGACAAUAAAAGCCUAUUCUAAUGUGUCAAAGUCAAAAGCACAUUUCCGCUACAGUACAUUUUACCGGAAAGACCAGUGUUCUAUCACUGUCCAUUCGCCAUUGUCUGAGUGGUAAAAUAUGAUGGUUAAUCUACAGUAUUUGUGAAAGUGUUAAAAUCUUCAGUUACAUUGUUAACAUAAAAAAAAUGUAGAGAAACUGUACUCGAUCUGACAGGCGCACUUUGGUGUAAGUAACUUGCUCAAUAAAGUUACUGUAACAGUUGUUUUGUAAAGUCAUCCAAUAUUCUGUUAUUUUUAUUGUAUGGCAACCGUAUGCAUGGAAAUUUUCUCAUCGACUUUGUAUACACAAAUAU